AUUUUAGUUGUCUAGACUUCUGCUGUCUGCGAGCAAAUAGCAGGAAGCGCAGAUUUAUGGUUUUUGGGUUAGGGUUUUCAAUUUUACAAAAUUUCCUCCAUUCUUUCUGUCACUUGAAGCAGCCCCUUCACGCAGGGCUGCUUCGUAGUUCCUCUCUUCCAGAAAUUUCGGCCAUUAACUGCCCGAUCGACGGACUAGGACCAGCAUCGGCUCCUCUGGAUAGACGGACACCCAUGCCGGCGAUUUCUUGGACCACAUAGACCAUCGCACAGCAUUCGACUUCCUACAUGCCCCGCGCAUUUCUCAUUUUCAAGGGACUGCGCCGUGCACAUUCGAUCUCAGACGAAUAGCUUCUAACUGCGGAUUACCACAAAGAAAAUAUAUAACUACGUAUCGAGACAGAGGGUUGUUUUAGGAAAAAGCAGAAUUUAGACUACGUAUCCAGCUUGGAGCAGGACAUAUAUUCACAAAAUUCUAAAGACAGGUAGGAAAGAAUGUUUCUCAAGGUGCAGUUACCCUGGAAUGUCAUAGUCCCUGCUGAUUGCUUGGACGCUAAGGGGUUGAUGCUUCAAAAAUCUAUUGUGAUCAGGCUUUUGGAUGAUUUUGCUUCCAAGAAGGCCACCAAAGAUCUUGGAUAUUUUCUUGCGGUAACAACCUUGGAGAAGAUUGGGGAGGGAAAAGUUAGACAGCACAGUGGCGAUGUGCUGUUCCCUGUUGUUUUCAGUGGCUUGACCUUCAAGAUAUUCAGGGGUGAGAUUUUGGAGGGGGUUGUGCACAAGGUGCUAAAACAUGGAGUAUUCUUGAGGUGUGGACCGAUUGAGAAUAUUUAUCUUUCCUAUACAAAAAUGCCAGAUUACCGCUAUGUGCCAGGGGAGAAUCCUGUGUUCAUGAAUGAGAAGCUAUCAAAGAUUGAGAAAGAUGUCGUGGUUCGUUUCAUAGUGAUCGGGACAAAGUGGCUGGAGGCAGAAAGAGAAUUUCAGGCAUUGGUGGGUUUGGAGGGUGAUUAUCUAGGACCAAUUUCUUAAGACUAGGUUUCACAGAUCAGCUCACUUCGUGUCUAUUGUGUGUAACUAGAAACGUGGAUGUCCAUGUUGCUGAUGCUAGGGGAAAUAUAGGCCAGCUUACUUCAGGAAUGUUGGUUUGUUGUUCAUAGAACUAUUUUGAUAGUUAAAUGAUGUUUUUAUCUGCAUGUAUGAGAACAAGGCCAGGUUUUUGGCACAUGAAUGAUGUGCGUGUUUGUAUAUGUAAAACACAAACAUGGGUGUCAAAUGUUAUUUUUCUGUAAAAGAAAAAGUUCAAAGCCAAGCAAA